UGGAAAAAAAUGAGUGUUACGGACUUCCUGUUUGUCUAAAAGAAGGCGGAGUCUGUGCUUCAGACUAACGGAUGGACCAUCUGUAGUUUUCAUUUCUCGUGUUUACAAAAUUAGAAAACCAGUUUACUUCUUUCCCUUGCCAGCUGACAGUAUGGAUAAUGCACAGAGAGUUGGAGAGAAACAGUGACGCACCAUACAUUAAGAAAACAGGAUUCAAGAGUGCUAAGCUUCCUGUGAAACGGCGUCAACAUGGUGCAGGAAUACCAGUCCCCUGUCCGGGUCUACAAGCAUCCAUUUGAGUUGAUAAUGGCGGCCUAUGUGAGGAGGUUCCCAAAGUCGCCCCUGAUCCCAGUGUUCGUGGACAGUGAGAUCGUCAACGAGACCCAAAGCAAGGAUGGAUCCACGGUGGUCACGGAGAGGCGCUGUAUGAUCGACAUCGAGGCCCCACGGCUUCUGAAACGGAUUGCUGGUGUAGACUACCUGUACUUUCUCCAGAAGAACACUCUGAAUCACAGAGACAGGACGCUCCACAUCGAGGUCCGCAACGAGACGUUUUCCAACAGGGUCAUUGUCUAUGAGUCCUGCAACUACACGGUUCAUCCGGAGAAUGAAGACUGGACGUGCUUCGAACAGACGGCUAGUCUGGAUAUUAAGUCCUUUUUUGGAUUUGAGAACUCUGCAGAGAAGAUAGCUAUGAAACAGUAUGCAAGCAGUAUUAAAAAGGGAAAAGAAAUGAUAGAGUACUACCUCAGAGAGCUGGAGGACGAAGGAGUAACCUACAUACCUCAUUGGACCCCGCCUGUUGUCUCCGGCACUAUCAGGCUCCAGCUGCCCCCCCGCUCCACAGCCAGACCCAUCCCAGAGAUCAGUGCUCAGACGGGACCCGACAGUGCAGACGCAGACGCAGACGCAGACGCUGACGCUGAGAUCGUGCCUGGCUCUCCUGACGACAAGUUGGAUGCCGACUACAUCAGGCGUUACCUUGGUGAUUUAACGCCUCUGCAGGAGAGCUGUCUUAUCCGACUGCGCCAGUGGCUCUUGGAAACCCACAAGGGCAAGAUUCCUAAGGAUCAGCAUGUGCUCCGCUUCCUGAGGGCCAGAGAUUUCAACAUGGACAAAGCCAGGGAGUUCUUGUGCCAAUCGCUCACCUGGAGGAAGCAGCACCAGGUGGACUUCCUGUUGGACACAUGGGAGCGCCCACAGCUGCUUCAGGACUAUUACACCGGAGGAUGGCACCACCAUGACAGAGAGGGACGUCCUCUGUAUAUCUUGCGACUGGGGCAAAUGGACACAAAGGGCUUGGUGCGGGCCUUGGGAGAGGAGGGGCUGCUGAGACAGGUCCUGUCCAUCAACGAGGAGGGUCUGAGGCGUUGUGAGGAAAACACAAGAGUCUUUGGUCGACCAAUCAGCUGCUGGACCUGCCUGGUGGAUCUGGAGGGUCUCAACAUGCGUCACCUGUGGAGACCGGGAGUGAAAGCUCUGCUGAGGAUCAUCGAGGUGGUGGAGGCCAACUACCCAGAGACCCUGGGCCGCUUGCUCAUACUGCGGGCCCCCAGAGUCUUCCCAGUGCUCUGGACCCUGUCUCUCAUGAACAUCGAUGGAGAGCAAGCCACACCCAGCAAUACACCUACAGGUGUGGAGUAA